AGGGUUUUGCGCUCUGUUUCUCUGUUCUCGCGCGAUGGUGGGGAUGAUGGCGAUCGACAGCGUCGACACGAAUCUCCUCUUGGUGGAGGCCUCUAAUCUCGCCGCGCAUCCAGGUGCCCUCCCUGAGAGCUCUGUGUCGGAUUUCCUCGCGAAAUAUCCGUUUCCAGUUCUCUUCAGCGUUCUAUCUACUGCAGAAACUCCAGAGCUAGUGAGUGCUAUUGUUAAUGCUGUCGAGAAGAUCUUACAAUCGCCGUUUGGACACAGCAUGCUUAUCGGAGUACUCCCUUAUGCCAAUGCUGGUUUAAACGCGGGAUCUCCACAGAUUCGUCGUCUUGCAUGCUUCUCCAUAACGAAGUAUCUGGAGGAUGGUGAUUCAAGUUCUGUUCAAACAGCAGCGGAUGCUGGCAUCAUGGACCCGUUACUGAGCACUUUAUGUGACGAGGACUCGACCGUGGCAAAAGAAGCCUCAGAUGCUAUUGAGAAUCUAGCAAAAUCAAACGCUGGACUUGAGAUCAUUUUUGGUGCGAGCCAGAACAGCCUCAAGGAGCUCGCAAUUCACGGAUCAUCUUUGGUUCAAAUCCGAGCGUUGUCUCUGGCAGCACGAAUCUUCGGACUAUCGGAUGUAGCGGCAGCGGCAGUCCAAACAUCUGGGAUCUUGUUCGUUUUAGAAGGUCAACUAAAAAAUUCUAGUGAUACAUUGGCUCAACUGAACGCUUUCGAAAUUCUGAGCGAGCUUGCCGAGACACCUACUGGUGCGAGACUUCUACUUGCUGGUACAUUCGUUUCUCAGCUCGUUUUCUGGAUCCAGAAUGCUGAAGUGGAUAGUAUGGUGCGUUCCCGCUCGAUGCAAGUUGCGUCUAGAUUGAUAAAAACUAUUUCAGAGCCUGAUGCACUGCAAAUCAUCGAUGCAAUUGGCAACUGCCUGGGGCGUGUGGAAAAUCUCGCGAGAAGUUCGGAAAGGUGGGACAAGGAUGAAAAGGACGCUGCACUAGAUGCGCUUGGUCAGAUUGGAUCAUUUUCGCAUGGUGCUCAAGUCCUUCUGCUCCGCGGUGCGAGGCCACCAGCGCUUUAUGUUGUCCAUUCGGCUUUUAAACCAGAGCUGGCUGGUAUUCAUGCUCUGGCGUUAAUCGCAGGAUCCGAAAGGGAAGAUGUUCUACUGAAUGAACAAGCUGAAAACGUUCUGCGCGAUCUCAUCUUUGACGCCAUCCAUGUAUCUUCGCAGAAGACGCUUUCGAAUUCCCUUCUUCACCUCCUCAAACAAACGGCCGAGUUGCGUGAAGCUGUGUAUAGGCUCCUUGUCCCGCUGGCUUCCAGAACGUGGUGCCUGCUGGAAGUCAGCUCCAACGAUGGCUUGGUCGAUUUCAUCGUCGACGCGCGUAUCGAAUCGAGCAAACAAGGCAUGGAAUGGAGGCACGCUUGCUGUGCUGCUCUGGCCACCGGAUUGAGACAAGCCAUCCUGUCAGUGCGUGGCGAUACACUGGAAAAGCUGAAUGAGGCAGCUCGCAGGGGUCCUUACCUGUCCAAGGGCCACGCACAAGCGAUUCCAGUGGUCGCCACCCAAGAGAGGUUUUAAAUGUGAAGCCCGGCUUGGAUCAUUGCACGUACACUGCACUAUCUCCGUUUUGUCAUUCCUAGCACUGGGUACGCUUUAACUUUCUUCUUUUUCUUUGUUCGUUCUUUUCUUCGCAAGGCCGGUGGUAGCUCGUUUUUAUCUGCCGCUUGAAUCUCUUUCUUUGUCGCGGGGCUCGUUAUGUCAAAUUGGUCCCCCACAAGGUUUCCUUUU